AUGGCUUCCGGUGAUUCUACUAAAUCUGGUAAAAAACCACAAGAAAAACAACAGAAUGUUGAUGCAGCAACAACUGAAGAAGAUUUUGCUCAAGGUAGUUAUGGUAUUUUGCCAUUGAUUCAAUCUAAGGAAAAAUGUGAUCGUCAAUUACUUCUUGUUCGUGAUAUAAAUGAAACAUUAGCUAAACAAACAAUAUGGGUUCGAGGUCGUCUUCAUAUAAGUCGUGGUAAAGGCAAACAAUGUUUCCUAGUUAUUCGUCAUCAAUCAGCUACAAUUCAAGCUGUUGUUUGUGUUAAUGAAAAUGUCAGUAAACCAAUGGUUAAAUUUGUUUCAUCUAUUACAAAAGAAAGUAUUGUUGAUGUUGAAGGUGAAGUUUCUUUAGCACCAACACCUAUUGAAUCAUGUACACAAAAAAAUGUUGAAUUACAAGUGAAAAAAAUAUACGUUGUUAGUCCAGCAGAACCACGUUUACCAUUAUUAAUCGAAGAUGCUAUGCGUCCAGAUGAACCAAAUACUGCUGACGACGCUCAAACAGCACGCGUUAAUCAAGAUACACGUCUUGACAAUCGUGUCAUUGAUUUACGUACACCAGCUAAUCAAGCUAUUUAUCGUGUUGAAGCAGGUGUUUGUAAAUUAUUUCGUGAUACACUUGAUAAUAAAGGUUUUGUUGAAAUUCAUACACCAAAAAUUAUUUCAGCUGCAUCGGAAGGAGGUGCUAAUGUAUUUCAAGUGACUUAUUUUAAAACGAAAGCAUUUUUAGCACAAUCACCACAAUUUUAUAAACAAAUGGCAAUUGCUGCUGAUUUUGGAAAAGUUUAUACUGUUGGAGCUGUUUUUCGUGCUGAAGAUUCUAAUACACAUAGACAUUUAACUGAAUUUGUUGGUCUCGAUCUUGAAAUGGCAUUUAGUUAUCAUUAUCAUGAAGUAGUUGAUACUAUUGGUGAUUUGUUUACACAAAUUUUUAAAGGUCUUGUUGAACGAUUUGCUACAGAAAUUGCUAUUAUUAAUAAACAAUUUCCAUGUGAACCAUUUGAAUAUCUUGAACCUGCUUUACGUCUUGAAUAUAAAGAUGGUCUUGCUUUACUUGCUGAAGCUGGCGUUCAAAUGGGUUCAGAAGAUGAUUUAUCAACUGAAAAUGAACGUAUUUUAGGUCGUAUUGUAAAAGAUAAGUAUCAUACUGACUUUUACAUUCUUGAUAAAUAUCCAUUGGCUGUUCGACCAUUUUAUACAAUGCCUGAUCCAAAUAAUUCUAAAUAUUCAAACAGUUAUGAUAUGUUCAUCCGUGGUGAAGAAAUUCUUUCCGGUGCACAACGUAUUCAUGAUCCUCAAUUAUUACUUGAACGUGUGAAGCAUCAUAAUAUCAAUGUUGAUCAAAUCAAAUCUUAUAUUGAUGCAUUCCGUUAUGGUUGUCCACCACAUGCUGGUGGUGGUAUUGGUUUAGAACGUGUACUAAUGCUUUAUUUAGGUUUGGGCAAUGUACGCAAAACUUCAAUGUUUCCACGUGAUCCAAAACGUGUUACACCAUAA